CGCAUCUCCUUCCCAAACAUAGGGGGAGGAGACCGCUCCAGUCUCCACCCUCUACCUCGCCUCCAGUCGCCAGACGGCGCCACCUCCGCCGCCUGCCGCCGCCCGUCUGCGGAAUGGUCUGCGCCCCGACGGCGGGGGUGGAGGUGCUGCCGCCUCGCGGGGGUGUCUCCGCCCGGCGCUCCUGGCCGCCGAGCUGCGGCCGCGUCCCCGAGAACGGCGACGGCGAGAGGGGCGUCCAGGGCACGGCGGACGAGGCGGCCGGCCACGCGGGCGUUUCCUCUGCGGCGUGCAACGGCGGGCUCCCGCGCGAACCCCCUCAGCCGCAGCCGCCCGGCGACGGGGAUGCACGUCCCUCAGAUAGCCAGGCAGAGAUCAGGGCGCUAGAUGUGAUGCCGCUGGCGUUCGCUGCCCCACGGAAAUGUGCCGUUGCUCCUGCUAAUGGUUCCAUGGAAGAUGGCGGUCGUAUGGCCGAUUCGUUGAAUGUGGAGGGGCAAUUGGUCAGGGAUGAGGAUGUUGUUAUUGGCAAUGGAGAUGACAGUGUUGUGGGAAGCAGAGUGGACGACGGUGAAUUGGAGAGGGAGGAGGACGAGAGCAGAAAGAAGAGGUGGUCGGCAUCUGUCAUGAAUCCGCCUCCCAAGAGGAGAGCGGUCUCAGCCAAGCGCAGAUUUCCGCCUGGCUGUGGGAGUGUUGCUGCUACCGGCAUCGGCGUCAGAGGUUGUGGUGUUUCUCUGAUGUUGAAGCGAGAUGAUUCUAAUCACGAAACAGAAAGCAAAAGAGAAGAGGUCGGAGGUGCCACCGAGGCACACAAUCAUAUGCAAGAAUCUCAAGUCGUCAAUUGUGUUGCUCCAGAUGAUUUUGCAGACCGUCCGCAAAAUUAUGUUGGUCAUGGCGCUUCUCCGAUUUUGAGGCGAGAUAAUUCUAAUAAUGAAACAGAAGGCAAAAGAGAAGAGGUCGGAGGUGCCACCGAGGCACACAAUCAUAUGCAAGAAUCUCAAGUCGUCAAUUGUAUCACUCCAGAUGAUUUUGCAGACCGUACGCGAAAUUAUGUUGGUCAUGGUGCUUCUCCGAUUUUGAGGCGAGAUGAUUCUAAUCACGAAACAGAAGGCAAAAGAAAAGAGGUCGGAGGUGCCACCGGGGCACACAAUCAUACGCAAGAAUCUCAAGUCAUCAAUUGUGUCGCUCCAGAUGAUUUUGCAGACCGCCCACGAAAUUAUGCUGGUCAUGGUGCUUCUCCGAUUUUGAGGCGAGAUGAUUCUAAUGUGGAUAUAGAAGGCAAAAUAGAAGAGGUUGGAGGAGCUACCGAGGCACACAAUGAGAAGAUCCAAGAAUCUCAAGUCGUCAACGUUAUUGUUCAAGAUGGUUUUGCAAGAGGCCAACGCGGCCAUGAUAAUCCGCUAAAUGAUGUUACAGACGACUCACCAAGACAUAGUUUCUCAGAGCAGAUGAAUGGUAGAAGACUAUUACGUGAAAGGAAGCGCGCACCACUAGUAGUGGGGAACACUGAGAUUAGAAGCAGACACGAAGGACGUGUGCAUGAUGGCACUCCGAGGACUCAUCCGAGAGGCCCACUUAAUGUGAAGAGAAAGGGCAAGAGUGCAGAGAUUGUCAAGAUCAAUGUGACAUUGGUAGAUGAUGCAGGGGUGAUUGACGUGAUACGCUCGGCAUCCAAGUGUGGAGAGCAUGUUGCGACCAAUCAAAUUGAAGAUAAGGAUGGUGUGGGCCUUAAUACUAAUAGGGUAAUUAUACAAGCAUUGAUGGCUCCAGACAGAUGCCCUUGGACGCAACGAAAGAAAUCUAUUGCCAGUGUUCCUAAAUCGCUUGGUCCUAGGAAAAAUGUGAAGAAAAAGGUUGCUACUCCAAGGAAAGAAUUGCACUCCAAAGUUACCCCUUCUACACCGGCUAGGCGCAAGGCAAGAGAGGGCGGAGAAGAUUCCUCCUCAAAAGAUGAUGAGAAAUCUUUGGCACGACUUGCGCAUGAAAGAAAUAAUAAAUCAUGCGUCAACAUCUCUCGAUGUCCUCCUUCCGACGAGGUGAGUGUUCAUAAGAUUGAUGAGAGAAGUCGAUUGAGCGAUCCAAAGGAUGUACCACUUGUAGCGGGGGUUGUUGAUGUAAAAACCAAAUGUGAAGGAAGCUUGCAAGAAGGUACUCCGAGGAACCAUGUGAGAGCUCUUGUUAAUGUGAAGACAAAGGGCAAGAAACCAGAUAAUGUCAAGGUGAAUGUGACAUUGUUAGAUGAUAGGCGGGUCUUUGAAGAUGACAAGACGAGAAACCAAAUUUCAAGAACUCGGAGAGGAGUGGCGCGCUCCUCAAAUAUUAAAAACGUGAAGAAAGGCAUGUUUGCUCAUAAGCGCGAUGGCAUCGACAAGGACUCUGGGAAUAAGUUCACAAAGGAGUCUAAGUGUGGGGAUCAUCUUCAGACUGAUCAAAUUAAAGAAAAUGAUAAUGUCGGCCUUGUUACCAACAAGAUGACUGUAUUAGCAUUGAUGGCUCCUGACAAAUGCCUGUGGACAGAAGGGAAGAGGUCUAUUGUUGGUGUUUCUCAGUCUCUCACUUGUAGGAAUAAUAACUCUCUUACCGUUCAUGAAGGCCUUUGUUUGUCUGACAUAUCUCAAGGAAAAGAGAGCAUUCCCAUAUGUGUGAUCAACACAAUUGAUGGCGUGCUGCCAACGCCAUUUAAGUACAUCACCAAAGUCAUAUAUCCGCCCUCAUAUGCAAAAGCACCUUCAAUAGGCUGUGACUGCACUAAUGGUUGCUCGGACUCUAGUGAAUGUGCUUGUGCUGUGAAAAAUGGAGGGGAGAUCCCAUUCAAUUUGAAUAGCGCAAUUGUUUAUACAAAGCCUCUCAUAUAUGAGUGUGGCCCAUCAUGCAGGUGCCCACCAACAUGCCACAAUAGGGCGAGCCAGCACGGCCCCAAAGUUCCACUGGAAAUAUUCAAGACUGGGAAGACAGGUUGGGGUGUAAGAUCCCUCAGUUUUAUCCCUUCAGGUAGUUUCGUAUGUGAGUAUGUAGGUGAGGUAUUGCAAGAGACAGAAGCUGAGAGGACAGAAAAUGAUGAGUACCUUUUUGAUAUUGGUCGUGACGAUGACGAUGACGAUGACGAUGACGAUGACGAUGAUGACGAUGAAGAAAAAGAUUCACAAUCUUCUAAAUCCGAGAUGACAGCGGAGGGCUUGGGCUAUACAAUAGAUGCUGCAAAGUGUGGUAAUGUUGGAAGAUUCAUCAACCAUAGCUGCACUCCAAACAUGCAUGCACAGGAUGUUCUCUGGGACCAUGAUGAUAAGAGGAUGCCGCAUGUUAUGCUUUUCGCCGAAAAGAAUAUCCGUCCGCUACAAGAGCUUACUUACGAUUAUAAUUAUAACAUAGGUAAUGUGCGCAAGAAUGGCAAGGUGAAGGAGAAGAAAUGCUUCUGUGGUUCGUCGAAGUGCCGCCUCAGGCUUUACUAAGGUAUUGGUGACUGAUGAUGGUAAUGUUCAUAUUUCGGCGGAAUGCAGUCCUGUCAGCGCAGUGCUCCUUGGUCUUACUCUCCCGGUCACCUUGCAAUUGUCGAUGGCUUGUGAUGUUUUUUUCUUGCUACCCUAGCGUUGAAUUAGUACUGCUUUUUAAAGAGCUGCAUUAGCUCAUUCUGCUGUUAGCUUUAUGUUCAGAACCGAACCUGUACUGGGUACAUGAGUUCUGGCUGUAGCUUUUCUCUGUCACAAAUUUUACAUAAUCAAGCAUUGUUGCUGUCCUUUUAAGCAUUA